AUUGAAUGGACCUUAAGAAAAUAAAAAUUAUUAGACCUUUUAUUAAAAACAAUAUGUAGUAUUUUUAAAAAACUAAUAUAGUAUAGGUAAAUUAAUCUUUAAAAUAUUUUUGUAAGCCCACGAGUUGAGUAGACUUUAAGAUUUUUAGGCAUAAGAUUAACCCGCCUUAAUUCCGAAAGUUAGAAAGAACACAAUAUGAUUUUUUUUUAAUGAGGUAAACUUUAUUUAAAUGUAUAAUAUGAAAAUUUUAUCUCAUAGGAUUAGUUAAUAAAAAUAAAAAUAAUAUGUAUCUUAACUCUCUUUGGAGAAAAAAUUAAAGUUUUUCGAUCCUAAAUUUAUAGUGAUCGAAGGUUGUCUUUUUUCUCUGGCCAGGCAUGCGGUUGUAUUUUGCUAGUGCAAUUUGAUUUUUGCUAUUGGGAUUAGCCUUGACUAUGUGACAUAAUUUUGAGCAUUUUCAUAUUGUCUUUGUGAUAUAGUUUUGAGCGUUUUCACAUUGUCUCCAUGAUAUAUUUUUGAGUGUUUUAAUAUUGUCUAUGUGACACGAUUUUGAUUUGUUUUAUUUCGUUGUUGGUUCUUAUUUGUUUUUCGAUAUCUUGUCAUCAAAUCGUUAUUAGUAGUUGGAAAUAAUAAGUUCUCUGCGACUGAAAGUAUUGUUAGUAGUACAGUUACGUAUUUUACACAAUAGUUAAAUGCUCAAAUUAUGAGAUUAAAUAAACCUGUUGUAAUAAUUUCUGUUGUAACUUUUGAGCGAUGAAUAAAAUAAAAUAUAAAUAUUUUUAAGGUUAUGCUAUAAUUUCUUUCAUUUUAUUCUAAAAGAUCUGAGAAUUAGUAGACUAUUAUUUUAGUUGAUUUUCAUUAAUAAAAUUUCAUUAUUUAUUAAAAGAAAAAAAUCUGAGUGUAGAAUGACUGUUUUAUCCUUCAGCAAUCUCAAAAACCAAAAAUGGUAUGAGGCAGCUGAUAAAGUACACGUGGCCGUUUCCCAUUGGUUAACAACAGAGCACCUGUUACUGUUCUCUUGUCUUUUUUAGUCCUCUCCGCCAAUUUCUAUUCUUCCCGCCAUUUUCUCUAAUCAAAACCUUCUCUCUCUCUUUCUCCAUUCCCAAAUCAGUAGCAGCAAAGCAUCCAAAGCCAAAAAUGGGUAUCAAAGAUCUUCUCAGAUUCAUGAAACCUUACAUUGAACCCAUUCACAUCAAGAAAUAUGCUGGAAAACGAGUUGGUAUUGAUGCAUAUUCAUGGCUUCACAAAGGAGCAUAUUCUUGUAGUAUGGAGCUGUGUUUAAACUCAGAUGGUGAGAAGAAAUUGAGAUACAUUGAUUACUUUAUGCAUAGAAUCAAUUUACUUCGACAUCAUAAGAUAACUCCAGUGGUUGUUUUUGAUGGUGGUAACGUACCUUGUAAAUCUACAACUGAGCAAGACCGCCAUAGGAGAAGAAUAAGUAAUCACGAUAUAGCAAUGGCGAAGCUUAGAGAAGGGAAUGUUAGUGCAGCUACUGAGUUCUUUCAGAAAGCCAUAAGUGUUACUCCACAAAUGGCAUAUCAGCUGAUACAGAUUUUGAGAUCAGAGAAUAUCGAAUUCGUGGUGGCUCCAUAUGAGGCUGAUGCACAAUUAGCAUACUUAUCCAAUCUUGAGCCAGAACAAGGUGGAAUUUCAGCAGUGAUUACAGAGGAUAGUGAUCUUAUAGCAUAUGGUUGCGAAGCUAUUUUAUUCAAGAUGGAUCGAUAUGGCAAUGGAGAAGAAAUACUACUAGAUAAUGUUUUCAAUUCUAAGAAGGGUUGUACACCUUCCUUCCAAAAUUUUGAUAAGGAGUUGUUAACUGGUAUGUGUGUUUUAGCUGGGUGUGAUUUCCUACCUUCUGUUCCUAGAAUUGGGAUUGCGAAAUCGUAUGCUAUUGUAUCUAAGUAUCGGAACCUAGACCGUGUUUUAUCUGUUUUAAAACUUGAGAAGGGAUCCCAAAUGCCUGAAGAUUACCCGAAAUCUUUUAGAGAAGCAGUAGCAGUUUUCCAGCAUGCUCAAAUAUAUGAUGUUGACAUGAAAAUGCUCAAGCAUAUGAAACCUCUUUCGGAAAAGCUUCUGCAGUCUCUAGAUGGAGAGCUCGAUUUCCUGGGACCUGAACUCCCUCCAUCAAUAGCUACAGCAAUUGCAGAAGGAAAAAUGGAUCCAAUUAGUAUGGAAGCCUUUGAUCGUAUCCCAAGUUCGAAAUCUCAUACAGCUCCUAUUAGGAUCCAAACUUCAGGUCAGCCACCAAGAGUUGAGGCUCCUAUGGUGUCUGCAAGAGAAAGUUGCUUUGUCACUUUUUCCAAGAAAGCCAAACAGGUUGACAAUACAGAAAACCACAAUAAAGUUCUAAAUGAAAGAAAUUGCACCAACAAAAUUGAAGCCCUUCAAAAAUUAGUAGUGCCAUCAUCAACAAUUCAAGAAACUUUAGUUACUACUUCUACUACAAUGGAAAUUACCAAAAGCCCUUUGAAAUUGAAGGUUCCCAACAACAAUCCAUUCAAGAGAAAAAAUUUGGACCAAACUCAAACUCAUUCAAAUCAAAGAAAGUACCAAAAUUCAGAUUCAACCCAUGUUGAAGAUGUUGAAGUAUCAACUAUGAUCUCUUGUGAUGAUAAAUUAUCUUUAUCAGAAGAAGUUGUUGAAAGUGUUGUUGCUUGUAGGAAAAGAAAACUAGAAGAAACAACCCCAUGUUGUGUAAUUAUCAGUGAAGAAAUUUCUGGGGUGACCCAAGUGGAGAAUUCAGAGGUUUUUGAAUCCCAAGAAAGUGUUAAGUUAAAGAUAAAUAAUAAUAGUGGCAUGAAAAAUAAGAUGAGUGUUGGAAAAAAGAAAGGGGGAGCUAUUAAGACACUAAAGAAUAGUAGUUCCAAUAGUUUAGAUAGUAAAAAGAGUAGUAUUUUAAACUUCUUUUCUCGUGUUUAGUAACUAGUAACUAGUAGUAGUAACUAGUAACCCAAUUUUGCUUUGUAUAAUGUUACUACAAUUUUUUUUGGACUUUUUGGAUGUUUUGACAUAAUUUUUCCAUUGAAAAAGAUUGGAGAAAUUGGGAGGAUUAGGGUAAAUGUACUUUUGAAGAGAGAUUUUGUGAUCUCGAUUUCGGUAGGGAUGUUAAUAUAGUCGACGGUUAUGGAUACUAA